AUGGGAGCGGCGGGCGCGGCUGCGGCAGCCAAUGGGCGGUGGCGGCGCGAGAGCGUGGCCAUGGCGGCGGCGGGCGGCGAUGGCGGCGCGGGGGCGGCUGAGGCGGCUGAGGCAGAGGGUGGUGGCGGCGCCGGCCCCGCCGUGCCCGCGGCCCCGAGCCGCGCACAGGUGUUCUCCACCGUGGUGGACACGUUCCUGGAGAAGCUGGUGACCGCCGGGAGCUACCAGAGGUUCGCCAGCUGCUACCGCUGCUUCUACAAGCUGCAGCCCCAGCUGACCAGGAGCAUCUACGAUCAGUUCAUCUCCCAGCUGCAGUCGUCCAUCAAGGAGGAGAUCCAGGAGGUAAAAAACGAAGGGAAUCUGGAGGGGCUCUUUAACUCACUGGACAAGAUCGUGGAGGAGGCGAAGGACCGGGAGGAGCCGGCGUGGCGCCCCAGCGGGAUCCCGGAGGAGGACGUGCGGAGUGCCCUGCUGCCCUACCUGCUGAAGCACCGCUCCUACCUGCGCAAGGUGCUCAGGGAGAAGGAGGAGGAGAACAGGAAGGUGGCCAAGUCCGUACUGGCAGGAAGGGACAGGAUUGCAGAGCUGCAGCAGCUCAUCCAGGCUCGCAAACAAGCCUGGCAGGCGAUUGGUAAAGAGCAGCGAGAGCUCAUCAUGACAUUCCAGGAGCCCCAGUGAGGCUGUGGGGAGUCCCCCAGGUGGGGUGUGCUCAGCCCCCCCAGCUCAGAACUGCCCCGUCAGGCCACUGCCCUGGGACUGGAAGAACUGCCAGACUGGCACAGUCUGAUCAGAUUUGGUAAAGAAACAAAAAAAGAAUACAUUGGGAUCUUUGGAAACAGAUGGCAAUCCCCUAUUCCCCACUCUGCUCGACAAGGAGGAGAGUCCCAGAGUGUGGCUGUGCAUUCACCUGGUCCCUCCCUGCCGUGACAGCCCUGAUUCCAGCUACUAAAGCCACAUUUCGGGCCCUGUAGGUAUUUUAGGUGCAUGUUAGACAAAAAUCAGUGCCUUGUGCCCCAGGCUGGGCUGUGGCCAGGCCUGAGGAGCCCGGGAGCAGGAGCAUGAGCAGCCCAGGGCAGGUUCCAGCCACCACAGCUUGUGAGGCAGCCAAUACUCCUGCCCCUGUUUGCGUGUUCGUUCGGUAUCCGUGUGCUCAAACCACCCAUGGAUGUGGCAGCAGCUGCUCCUCCACGUUCCUUCUUGCCAUUUAUUUUGUUUUCCCGAGUUAUUCUCCAGCCCUGCUCCCCUCCCAGCAGCACGAGGGAUGUGGGGAUGUGCAGCUGGCACGAAGGGGUUGGAAUGGCCCUGCCCCAGCUCUGCGGGCUGGUGGUACAGGGGGUUUAAUGUUUCCCUGUGGAACCUCCUGCAACCAGACUGAUUUUCCCCAUCUGGAGCUGUCUGUUAUGGCCUUGUUGGAAGUUUGCCUGGCUGGGAAAGUGAGGGCUUCCCUGGAGGGAUCUGCCUGGCGGAGCCCCUCGAGGAACAAAGUGUCUUCAGCGUGGAGGAAAGAUCAUCCCCUGAGGCUGGGCAGGGAAUGAGGAAAUUCCCCCAAGGACAGAGGGGGCAGCCCUGUCCAGCAGCCACCGAGGGCAGCAGGUUCCAGGUCACCUGUCUGGGACAGCCCCAGGGAGAGGCCGUGCCCUGGGACAAACCGCUCGCACCACGCCCUGGCCUCUGCAAUUAAAGCCCGGACAGAGCGGCUGCUGCAGCUCCCCCUCAGCCUCCCCUUCCUGCAAGCCGAAUAAAUUGGGGCUGUUGUUCGUGGCUUGGCUCA